AUGUUUAUAAAAGCUAUCCCUCCAUACUUGGGAUGCGAUAAGGCCAACAAUGGAGGAGAAAGAUUGGUACAUGGCAGUUUGGUUCAAAGGAGGCAACUCCUAAACAUGUACUUGAUGAAGAUAGAGAGCAUUUGUUCCUCUCUUGCGACUAAAUCACAACCUAGACUUGGACUCCCCCCUCUCUCUUUCAACUCCUCGAUAUCUAUAACUGAUUGGGUGAAGCUCAAAACAUACACUUCACGGACUACGCUCAGAAAGCUGGUGGCACAAGCUUUGGUAGACAACAUUUGGAGGGAAAUAGACAACAGGUUCUUCAACCUGCAAUCUAUCUCAGCUUCUCAGCUCUUUAUAGACAUCCACAGGCAAAUGCGCGAUAGGAUCUCUGCAAGAAGGCAUCAGCGGCAGUUCCGAAAUCUAAUGUUCCCAUGGAUUUGUAACAAUGGGUUUUGGUAA